AUGCACCACCAGGCCUCCCCCCGCCCAGCAUCUCCCCUGGCCUCAGGCGCCGAGUCCGGCCCUGACUCAAAGUCCGGUGCCGCCGCAGCCACCGGCACCUCCGUCGGCCGUCCCUCCUCUCCCUCGACCCCCGGCGGUCCUCGUGCUGCCAUGCGCCGCCGUGCCACCGCCGACCACAAGGAGACCCUUCGCAAUGCCCGUCCCAGCUCCACCCGCUCCGCCGGCGCCGGUGGCUCGUCCGGAACCAUGCUCAAGCUGUACACCGACGAGAGCCCCGGUCUGCGCGUCGACCCCGUUGUUGUCCUGGUCCUGAGUCUGGGAUUCAUUUUCUCGGUUGUUGGUCUGCACGUCAUCGCCAAGAUCACCCGCAAGUUCUCUGCUUAA